AUGAUGAGAUUUUCUUCCAUCAUCAUUUUGGGCAAUUUACUUGGUACUGGCAUUGCCUAUGGUCAUUAUUCCUACAAACCAUCUACAACGCUGCGACCAAUUGCCACAAGGUCUCGAGCUCAUAGUAUCUAUGAGCCUAGCGGGACUCCAUGCGCAGGAAAUCUUCCCAGCGACAGAUCUGUGUGGUGCAAUUACAGUAUCGACACAGACUACGAGAAUGUCGCCCCAAACACAGGUGUUACGCGUGAAUACUGGUUUGAAGUCAAUGAAACCACUCUCUCUCCCGACGGAUUCAUGCCUCCACGUCUAGCCAUGACCGUCAAUGGCACCUUGCCUGGCCCAACUCUUGUUGCAGACUGGGGUGAUUGGGUGAUCGUCCAUGUCACUAACCAUCUGUACCAGUCAAGGAAUGGCUCAAGCAUUCACUGGCAUGGCAUUCGCCAGAACUACACAAAUUCAAAUGAUGGUGUGCCCUCGGUCACCCAGUGUCCUAUUGCCCCUGGCUCGACUAUGACCUAUAAAUGGCGAGCUGCCCAGUACGGAUCCUCGUGGUAUCACGCCCAUAUUGGUCUGCAAGCCUGGGAAGGUGUUUAUGGUGCUAUUAUCAUCAAUGGACCAGCAACUGCAAAUUACGAUCUGGAUAGCGGUCCAUUGUUCUUGGGUGAUUGGACGCAUGAAACCGUGGAUCAACUACAUCAAGACGUCCAAAUACGCGGCCCUGUCAAAAAAUUGUCAAAUGGACUUAUCAAUGGCAAAAAUGUCUAUGGAAAUGGUACAAAUACUACUGGGUCUCCUUUUCAUAUGAAAGUGGAAAAAGGGAAAUCCUACCGGUUGCGACUUGUGAAUCCUGCUAUCGACACACAUUGGAAGUUCACUAUUGACAACCACACAAUGACCAUCAUUGCAAUGGAUCUCGUUCCUAUAAAGCCAUUUAUCACGAACGUCAUUAGCCUUGGAAUGGGUCAACGCUAUGAUAUUAUCAUCACAGCCAACCAGGAUUCCGUGGCCGAAUCUUUCUGGAUGAGAGCUAUACCAGCCGAUCGAUGCUCACAGAACGAAAUGGCCGGUAAUAUUAGAGGCAUCCUCUACUACGGCAACAUGCCCAAACAACCGCAGACGCAGUCAUUCCCCUUCACAAACGUCUGUGAAGACGAGCUUUUGACCAAUCUAGUUCCCCAUGUUCCGAAAAACGUCGAUCCACCAGUUUCACCGGUCUGGGAUAAGAAUGUAACAGUCAGUAAUUUCAGGAAUGCACAGAAUUUCUUCCGCUGGCAGUUCAACGCCACCUCAAUGAACGUCAGCUGGGAGAACCCGACAUUGAGGCAAGUCCACCGCAACUAUAUGAACUUUUCCAAUUCAAGCGGCGUGAUUGAGUUGCCCUUCAAGGAUAAAUGGGUCUAUCUCUUCAUCCAAAACACCAACGUCGUCACUCAUCCCAUCCACCUUCACGGUCAUGAUUUCUCUAUCUUGGCGCAAGGGUUACCUGUAUCUGGGAAGCCACAAUGGGACGGUUCUAUCAUUACGAAGAAUCCCCCGCGUCGAGAUACGGCGGUGCUGCCUGGGAGUGGCUGGCUGUUCAUUGCUUUCCAGACGGAUAACCCUGGAGCAUGGCUGAUGCAUUGCCAUAUUGGAUGGCAUGUCGAUGAGGGUCUGGCAUUACAGUUUAUUGAGCGGCAAGACGAGAUUCGGGAUCUCGUUGAUUAUACUUCGUUGAAUGAGAAUUGUGCUGCGUGGGAUAAAUAUGUCAACAGGAAGAAUAUUGUACAGGAAGACUCAGGGGUUUAA